AUGGUCAUCACCAAGAAACCCCAGCCCUUCAAGAAGGCUCUCUACUUUUCGGAAGAAGAGUUCCAAGAGCGACGACAACGGGCGUUGGAACUCAUGAAACGCGAGAAUCUCGACGGUUUUCUCAUGACCAAGCAAGAAUCUCUGUACUAUUUCACUGGAUUUGACACAUUUGGCUAUGUCUUUUUCCAAGCCAUGUACUUCCACUCCGACGGUUCCUUGCGGUUGAUUACUCGAGCGCCGGAUCUUCGACAGGCUCUUUACACAUCCAUCUUGGCCCAGAAGGACGUCAUGAUUCGAUCCGACGAUGCCAGUGCCAACCCCGUGUCCCUGGUUCCUCAGGUCUUGAAAGAAUUUGGCAUCAACUCUCCAUCAAAGCGAAUUGGCUAUGAGCCAAAUUCGUGCACUUUGAACCACCAAACCGGAAAACUGCUGGAAGGGGCUGUCAGCGGCCUCUGCACUUUGGUCGAUCACAGCACAUUGUUCGGUCGGGAAUUGCGAAUCGUGAAAUCGGAGACCGAAAUGCGGAAGAUUCGGAAAGCUGCUUAUCUCGCUGAUUUCGCCCUUGUUCGAACACUCAAGGUGGCCAAGCCUGGAGCCUACGAGGGUGAUUUGUGGCGAGAGAUCGUCGGAACUGUCUAUGAAGGCGGUGGCGAUGAUCCGGCCAACGAGAACAUCCUCGUAUCUGGCAACAAAGCCGUCCUUACUCGGUACUCCACCGGCAAGGCUAAGAUUGAUCGACAAGUUACUCUCGAGCAUGCUGGUGUGUAUAAACACUACCAUGCGUGCUUGAUGCGAACCGUGCACAUUGGUGGUGUCUCCAAGUUAGCGCGACGAAUGUUUGAAAUUAAUAUUUUGCAAAUGAAGGCUUCAAUGGACGCGCUUAAGCCAGGCCGAGAAAUCGGCGACGUGUUCGAAGCUUAUGCUCGGGUUGCCGAUGAAAACGGAUUUAAGGAGCAACGACUCGAUGCUUGCGGAUACAGCAUGGGCGCUACCUUUUCUCCUACUUGGAUGGACUUCCCCAUGUUCGUGCGAGGUCAAAAUGUCGUCGCCAAGCCAGGAAUGGUUUUCUUUAUCCAUAUCAUACUGAUGGACAAGGCCACCGAUACUGCCAGUUCGAUUGGACAAACCGUUGAAGUAACUCAAGAUGGGUGUGUUUCGCUUUCCAAGUUGCCAUUCUGCAUUACUCGAAAGCAAACAAUUGCCGCUUGGAAGAAGAUUCGAAAGGAAGAAUACGGGUUCACCGCCGAAGAAGAAGAUGACGGUGAACACAUUCAAGAUGUUGAACUUUCGGAUGGUGAAGUUGACGAGGAAGAUUACGAUAUUGAAUAUGAUUUUAGCGACUACACACCGUCAGCCACAUAG